UGUAAAAAGAAAAAAAAAAAAAAAAAAGGUUCACAUUCAAGUCUCUUUCUUGUAACAGUCUUUAACUUGUCAAUCACUUGUUCCAGCUUUAGGGUUUUGCUCGUUUUGCACCUAAUUUCGUUCGGAAAUUUUGACGGUGUUUGCUUUUCUGUAAUUGGAGCGCUUUUGAAUUUAAAUUUGGUGUUUCGAAACACGCAUGAAGCUUGUUUAUACUGAAUUUGAUUAAUUUACAAGUUCUGGUGAUUUUCUUAAUAAUUCAUUUCUUGACUGGAAGAGGGUAAAGCCGAAUUAUAGCAUUGGAAGUUUAUCGGGUGUUGGGAAUUAGGGAAAUUAAUUAAGAUGAUUUCGUUUGAAAAUUGAAUCUUCUGUUGGGUGUUCAAGUCAAUGAGAUUAUUUUUCAAUUUUGGAUUCGUCAGUGGAUGGGUGAUUCCAUGAAGCAGACUUUUGACAAUUCUUCAGGUACUACUAAGAUUCCACCGCUGAGUAUGCCUAAAGAACUGGGUAGCGGUGUCUGGGGGACUAUAGCUAGAUCUGAUGCGUAUCAUGCCUCAAGUGAUGCGUCGCUUUUCUCUAGUUCAUUACCCGUUCUUCCACAUGAGAAGUUGAACUUGAAUGUGGCGGGUCUUGGUCGUCAAUCUGUUGAUGAUAUCUCAUCUGACUUAAAUAAGGACCAUCAAGGUGUGGAGGGAGGUGAUUCAAUUGAAGACAAUGCGAAUUCUGUGACUGAAGGCUUUCUUCCGGAUGAUGAGGAAGAGCUUUUAGCUGGUAUUAUGGAUGAUUUUGACCUGAGUGGUUUGCCUUCUUCACUUGAGGACUUGGAGGACUAUGAUCUUUUUGACAGUGGAGGGGGUAUGGAAUUGGAAAACAGUACUCAGGAGAGCCUGAGUAUAAGCAUGUCAAAGGUAAGUUUAUCCGAUGGGGUUGUUGGGAAUGGUUUGCCCCAUUAUGGUCUUCCUAAUGGUGUGGGAACUGUUGCUGGAGAACAUCCAUAUGGCGAGCAUCCUUCGAGAACAUUAUUUGUUCGGAAUAUUAAUAGUAAUGUUGAGGAUUCAGAACUGAGAGCUCUUUUUGAGCAAUACGGCGACAUUAGAACUCUGUACACUGCAUGCAAACAUCGGGGCUUUGUGAUGAUAUCAUAUUAUGAUAUUCGUGCUGCUCGAACUGCUAUGCGUUCACUACAGAACAAGCCCCUCCGACGGAGAAAACUUGACAUUCACUUCUCAAUUCCAAAGGAUAAUCCAUCAGACAAGGAUUUGAAUCAAGGAACUCUUGUAGUUUUUAAUUUGGAUCCAUCAGUUUCAAAUGAGGAUCUGCGUCAAAUAUUUGGGGCCUACGGCGAGGUCAAAGAGAUAAGAGAAACUCCACAUAAGAGGCACCAUAAAUUUAUUGAAUUUUAUGAUGUUAGAGCUGCAGAAGCAGCACUUAAGUCAUUAAAUAGAAGCGACAUAGCUGGGAAACGCAUAAAGCUUGAACCUAGCCGCCCUGGUGGAGCUCGUCGAAACUUCACAUCUGAUAGCAUAAAGGCCUUUGGUACAACUAAAAGCUUGAUGCUACAACUGAACCAAGAGCUUGAACAAGAUGAAUCAAGGGUUUUGCAACAUCAAGUUGGUUCACCAAUUACCAACUCUCCGCCAGGUAACUGGGGGCAGUUCAGCAGCCCUAUUGAACCUAAUCCACUGCAAGCUAUUAGCAAGUCCCCUGUUUAUAGGAACAUAAGCCCAACGACAAGCAGUUUGCCUGGAUUGGCAUCAAUAUUAAAUCCUCCAGUUUCAAACUCUGUAAAAGUUGCACCUAUUGGUAAGGACCAAGGAAGGGGUAGUCACAUGGAGCAUGUAUUUACCAAUACAAAUUCAGCCCAUGGAGCUGCAUUUCCAGAGUCUCAUUCAUUUCCAGAGCCAAAGUUGGGCCAACACCCUGGAACCAUAUCCUCUUUUGGUACCUCAACUUCAAAUGGAUCUGUUAUGGAGACAUUAUCUGGAUCCCAGUUUCUUUGGGGAAGUCCAAACAGAUAUUCAGAGCAUGGCAGUUCUCCAGCCUGGCCAAUGCCAACUAUGGGGCAUCCGUUCUCAUCCAAUGGAAAGAGCCAUGGGUUUCCAUAUUCUGGUCGCCAAGGCUCUUUCCUUGGCUCUGCUCAGCAUCAUCACCAUCAUCAUGUUGGAUCUGCUCCUUCUGGUGUUCCCUUGGAGAGACACUUUGGUUUUUUCCCCGAGUCUCCGGAAACCUCAUUCAUGAAUCCUGUUGCUUUCCGUGGCAUGGGUAUAGGACAGAAUGAUGGAAGUUUCAUGGUGAAUCAUCUUGGUCCUCGUGCUACUGUUAAUCCUGGCAUUACCAUUCCGAGAAAUAUUUCGGAAAAUGGUUCUUCAAGUUAUAGAAUGAUGUCUUCACCCAGACUUAGUCCUGUAUUUGUAAGCAACGGCCUAUACCCCGGAUUGACACCCACCAAUAUGGAGGGUUUGACUGAUCGUGGGCGGAGCAGGCGGGUUGAUAAUAAUGGGAGCCAGAUAGAUACCAAGAAACAGUUUCAGCUUGACUUGGAAAAGAUUAAAAAUGGAGAAGAUACUCGGGCAACCUUGAUGAUUAAAAAUAUCCCAAAUAAGUACACCUCAAAAAUGUUGCUAGCUGCUAUUGAUGAAAAUCACAAGGGUACUUAUGAUUUUCUCUACUUGCCGAUUGAUUUUAAGAAUAAAUGCAAUGUUGGCUACGCAUUUAUCAAUAUGCUGUCUCCUGCACACAUUAUCCCAUUUUAUGAGGCAUUUAAUGGAAAGAAGUGGGAGAAAUUUAACAGUGAGAAAGUUGCUUCGUUGGCAUAUGCUCGGAUUCAGGGAAAGGCAGCCCUUGUGGCUCACUUCCAGAAUUCAAGCUUGAUGAAUGAAGAUAAGCGCUGUCGCCCUAUCAUGUUUCACUCGGAGGGCCCAGAUGCUGGUGAUCAGAUCAUCCAAGAGCAUAUGAUUUCCAAUAGUUUGAAUAUCCAAGUUCGUCAGCCAAAUGAGUCAGAGGCAGGGGAUUCCUCUGGAAGCCCUACAAAGGAUAGAUCAGGCGAGAAGCCAGAGAAGAGUUGACAGUAUAGUGAAAGAAGAUUGCUCUCUCUGCCCAAAUUUAUCGGGCUAUGAGUGUUAACUUAUGCGUAUAUAUGUAAGUGUAAAAAUUUAGGAAGAGAUGAACUUGGUUAAUGCAGCAGGCCAGAUUUUGUAUAGUAUACGGUUAGAAAGUUUGUGAAACGGCCAGCACUUCAUUUUGGUUUGUGGUGGUAGGUUUGUACAAGGGAGGAGAAUAAUGGGACGAUUGUGGAUAGAAUGCAUGAUCCACCAGCUGAGCGUCGUGUAUCGUUUCCUCUCCAUUUUGCCUUCCUUUUUUUGUUAUUUAUGAUCCCGGGUUCGGAUAACUUAAUUAAUUUAUGGGUACAUGGCAAGUGUUCUCUGGUAAUUGAGAUUUUAGGGUUCGUUAUGUGUUGUGGGAUCAUUUACAAAAAUGUAUAUAGUGGGAAAACACUGAACUAGACUACCUUUUUGUGUUAAUCUUAUAUUGAUAUUUAUGACA